UGGGAUUUCUAAGCAACCACGCAAUCAACAGCAUAAAUCGCCAUGCACUCGUGGGCUAGUCUGCAGCAUCGCAGAACCUCCCAAUCAACCACAAGCAUUGCAGACGCCGUUCUAACCUCCGCUCAAAAUGGCCUCCAACCUCUUCAAGCCCCUCAAGAUCGCCGCCGGUGAGCUCAAGCACCGCGUGGUCAUGGCCCCUCUGACUCGGUUCCGUGGCGACGAGAACGGCGUCCUCCUCCCCAUCGCCAUUGAGUACUACACGCAGCGGUCCUGCGUUCCAGGAACGCUCAUCCUCUCCGAAGCGACCCCAGUCUCGGAGCGCUUUGGCGGAGUGCCCCACGCGCCGGGCAUCUGGACCGAUGCGCAGAUCCAGCGUUGGAAGGAGGUCACCGACGCCGUCCACGCCAACGGCUGCUUCAUGUUCUGCCAGCUGUGGGCGCCCGGCCGCGCCGCGGACCCCGCAACCCUCGCGAAGCAGGGCUUCCCACUCGUCAGCUCAAGUGCUGAGCCCAUGGCCGACGGCGCGCCCGUCCCGAAAGAGAUGACCGAGGAGGAGAUCCAGAUCUGUAUUUCCGACUUCGUCAAGGCGGCCAAAAACGCCAUCGCUGCCGGCUUCGACGGCGUUGAGAUCCAUGGUGCCAACGGCUAUUUGGUCGACCAGUUCACCCAGGACAACUGUAACAAGCGGUCUGACCGCUGGGGCGGCUCGGUGGAGAACCGGGCACGGUUCGCGAUUGAGACGGCCAAGGCCGUGGCCGAGGCGGUUGGCGCGGAAAGGCUCGGGAUGCGGUUGAGCCCGUGGAGCGUUUUCCAAGGGAUGAAGAUGAAGGACCCGCUUCCUCAAUUCUCAUACCUGAUCAAGGAGCUCAAGAAGCUCAAGCUUGGCCAUUUGCACGUCGUCGAGUCUCGUGUCACCAACAGUGAAGACAUCGAGAAGGUCGAAGGGAUUGAAUUUGCUCUUGACAUCUGGGACAACCAAUCCCCUGUUUUCGUGGCUGGCGGCUUUAAGCCUGAUUCGGCGAAGAAGGCGGUUGAUGAGGAAUAUAAAGACAAAAACAUCGCCGUGGUGUUUGGAAGGUACUUCAUCUCAACUCCAGAUUUGGUCUUCCGGAUACAGAAUGGCAUUUCCCCUAACCAGUAUGAUCGGAGCACAUUUUACCUUCCGAUGGCAGAGCAAGGAUACCUGGAUUACCCCUUUAGCGAAGAGUUCAAGAGCCAAAAGUCCGCUUAGAGGCAUUAAUAUCUUGCAGCAAAUUAGAAAC